ACCCCUACAGGGUUUUAAUUGGAUUAGACCAAGUCCAAUGGCCACCAAUGGUUCUCGCUUUCUAACUAGUUGAAUUUCAUCAUCCCACAGAGCAGCAUGGGUAUGCAAUUUCAAAAAAUCUUGGUAUUUGGUGGAAUCCUGAUAGGUCUCCUGUCUGUUAUCGUUAUCUUGGUGGGUGUCCUUUUGAGCAAUACGCUUCCUAAUGUACUAGCACCAGAGGAGCGACACUUUGCCUUCGACUAUGUGAUUGUUGGAGCUGGAACUGGAGGCGGCACUCUGACAUCUCUCUUGGCCAAGCACAGUAAUGGCAGUGUACUGCUAAUCGAGGCCGGUGGACCGUUUGGACUGCUUAGCCGGAUUCCUCUUUUAACAACCUUCCAGCAAAAAGGAAUUAAUGACUGGUCCUUUCUAUCAGUGCCCCAAAAAAACUCCUCCAAAGGAUUGAUUGACCAACGACAGUGUCUGCCGAGAGGAAAGGGGCUGGGAGGAUCGUCCAAUUUAAACUACAUGCUGCACUUUGAUGGUCAUGGACCCGACUUUGAUAGCUGGCGGGAUCUGCACAAUCUGAAUGACUGGAGCUGGUCGAAGAUGCGUCCCUUCAUGGAGGCGGCAAAAGCAAAGCCGGCAGAUAUGUUUGAAAUCCCAAGGGAUUACUCCAAGAUUACUGAAGCUCUAAACGAGGCGCAGGCCCAGUUUUCCCACAAGGAUUGGACCUUUCACAGGUCCAAGUACAAUAUCAAGAAUGGUCUUCGCCAUUCCGUGCAACAGCACUUUUUGAACGAGGUGCUUCAUCGACACAAUUUACGUCUUUUACCAGAGGCUUUGGUGAAAAGGAUUCAGUUGACUCCUGGCCCCAGACCCCAGGCAAGCUCAGUUUUGGUUGGGAUUAAAGAUGAGAACAAUCAGGAGUUGGAGUUCACCAUCGAAGUGGGAAGAGAGCUAAUCCUCUGUGCAGGAGCCUACCAAACGCCACAACUAUUGUUGGCCUCCGGUAUAGGUGAUAGCUCCAUGAUGAAAAAGUUAGGGAUUCCCCUGCAGCACCACCUACCUUCAGUGGGCCAAAACCUCCACGACCACUUUAAUGUUCCACUCUUUGUGUCGAUGGGAGUAACUGGACCCACAUUGAAUCAGAAUACAUUGUUGAAUCCGAUGACUUUGAUCAAUUUCCUGAGCUCUGGCUCUGGGCCUCUGGGAAACUUUGGAGUAGUAGGAAACGUGGCCAGUCAUGGGGGAUCCUCUCCAUUUGGUAUUACCUUUUUUGGAGCCGGGGCCAUUGAUGAGGCUGCCCUUAUGUCUAUCUCAAACUUCAAAGGACCUGCCUUUCGCGCACUGUUUCCUCGCUAUUACAAUUCCUCCCAGGAGGGAUUUGUAGUCAUUUCCAGCUGCCUUCAGCCAAGAUCACGAGGUUCCGUGGGACUUAUAAACCGUCACAUGCGAAGGAAUCCACUCAUAGAUCCAAACUAUUUAAGUAGUGAGGAGGAUGUCGCCUGCAACAUCAUAGCCAUUCGGAGUGCUGUAAAAAUAGUUACUUCCACCUCCUUUGCAUCACUUCAUCCCCGAAUACAUUGGCCCAAGCUCCAAGAGUGCUCCAAUUUCGGCCCAUUUGAGCGGGACUUCAUUGACCACCAACCUUCCGACCUCUACCUGGAGUGCCUAAUGCGUCACAUUGGUCUGGGGUCUCAUCAUCCUGGUGGCACCUGCGCCUUGGGCAGCGUUGUGGACUCGCACCUAAGAUUGAAAGGCGUGGACAAUGUGCGGGUGGUGGACGCCAGUGUGCUGCCCCGUCCCAUCUCAGGGAACCCCAACUCGGCGAUCGUUGCCAUAGCUCUGAGAGCCGCCUCCUGGAUACUGAAGAGCGAGCUAAAUGCCGGUAGUGACGCCAAAUAAUUGAAUUGCUCAGGGAAAUUGUUACAAAAGCAUUCAAGUUGAGGGACAACACUGAAAAAAAACAUACUCAUUUAAAAAAAAUAGAUUAAAAAUCGUUUUUAAAGAAAGAUUUUAAGAAAUAUACUCAUGGAAGUUUUUGUUUUUUAUUUGAAAUAUUAACUUAAAUUAAAUUAUGUUACCUAAACAGCACAGAGCCUAUAAAUUUAAUUGAAUUCAUUUGUAUUAAAUAUAAAAAUAAAAUAAACAUGUUUUUUUAACAAAUUAGUUGCUAAAUUCGAACCAAUAUUUAAUAAUAAUUUAUUUUCUUUUGUGCCACAUAAAAAAACACCUGCCAUCUGGAGAGAAAACCAUUUAAAUCAUAACAAAAUAUAAAUAUUAUAUUUUAAUUAUUAGAAUCUUCACUUGAAGAAAACAGGUUCAAUAACCUUUUAAAUUUUGAAUAAAUAUCACUUUUAAGGGAA